AUGGCUUGUGCCGAGCAGCCUAUCAAGAAGCGUCGGCUGUACGAGUCAAUCCCUGAAUCUCAGCCUCCUCCACCGCGACCGCGAAUCGAACUUUCGUCUCCUUCUACGGUGACGAGCUCGUUCCCCGCGCCGGUGACGCCGCCGCCUCCGUCUCAAGAGGAAAUUCAAACCAGAAGUAAGAACAGAGAAGAGAUUCGAAGAGUGCAUGAGUGUUACAAGCGUCUCAAAUCUUGUAUUUCUCAGAGAGAUGUUGGCCGUUCUGGGAUUCUCGAGCAAUCGUAUCGCUCCCUCAUCUCCGCUUCCAGAGGUUGUGCUAGCGUUAAGCGCCUUGUGGCUGAUCUUGUUCCUCGAUAUGCACUGUACUGCCCUACUGCUAUUGGAGAUGCAGUGCAAGCUGUCAUCGACAUGCAUAACUUCAGCUUGGAAGCAAUAAAGAGAGGACAAGAUGCUGAUGGUGUUUCUUAUCAGACUGCCAAAGCCUGCAUAUUUGGUCUAGUUGACCUAUGUUCUGCUGCUUCUUCAAAGACAGCAUCGUCAGUGGGGGCUCGGGAUAUCUGCUCUGCUGUGUUCAGAAAUGUGUUAACGUUCUUUGUGCUGUCCUUUGAGGAAAAAGAUGUCUUCCAGAUAGUUGAUAAGAGUGAUUUGAAGGUGGAAGAUCCUGAUGAAUUUUUUUCUCAACUGAUGCAAAAACUUAGAGAUGGAAACUUGUCAGCUUUGAUCAAACUACCCCAGUUCUGUGUUUUAGCUUUACUGAAACUAUUCUUCUACUUCCCUAAAAAUUCAAUUUCCACUUGUUUUGGUUUCUUCAAUUCGUCAUCGAUGGAGGAUGUAGCCACGGGGAGGUAUCUCAUUACUAAUAUGACAGACAAGAUUAAUGAUAUUGAUGCUGCUAGUAAUGAACCUGAACGAGCUGAGAAUUCUGGUCAGACAGGUUCUAACAAAAUAGAGGCUACUGGUAAGAAUGUGGAAGGGUUGAGUGAGACCCAAGAAGCAUCCCACAUUCUAAAGAGCUGCUUGUUAGGAAUGGUUCUUAGGAAGAAUCCCUCUAUAGGUAGGUGGGCCUUCUUUAAGUAUAGGAAUAUAUGCAGCCUGUCAUCCUUUGUGGAAGCAUCCAGCGCUAUCCCUUCUCUCGAGGGGAUUUUUGGAUAUGUUGGAAAAGAUAUCAAGUUAGAAGACUGUCAAAUGGAGAGUGACGAGGAUGAUAAUGGAAAAUUAUCAGCUUCACUUGCAAAACCUCACAGUUCUGCAGAAAAUGAUGUCCGCUCUAGUGCUGGGUCGGUUUAUGAUGCUGGAGGUUCAAGAUCUAUGGAUUUUGAGACUGUUGACCAGAGAGACUUGUCAUGCGGUAGGUCUUCGGUCCCAAGGGGAUUAAUGAACCAUCAGACACCAUCUCCUUCUGCAAGAAUGCAUUCAGAUUUAAGGAGUAACUCUGCAGAUGGUAGGAACAAUUUUGUUCUUGCUGGAUCACCUGUUUAUCAGGCAGCACCCCGUGGCCCUUCAUCAGGAAAAAUUGUUUGGUAUUUGGAUGGGGACCCCACUGCUUUUGACAUUUUUCCGGCUUCGGGGCAGCUAUGGUUAGGAUAUUUAGGACCAGAUGAAACUGAAGGUCAUCUAAGGUUUCAGCUUGAUAGGUAUGGACCAGUAGACCGAUUCUUUUUUGAUCCAGUGAAAGGAUUUGCGCUAGCGGAAUAUAGAAGUAUAAUUGAUGCAAUCAGAGCUCGAGAAUAUCUGCGAGGGCAAUUUCCUUGGCGCAUUAAAUUUAUGGAUAUAGGAGUUGGUGCAAGGGGAUCUUUGAAUGGGGUAGCAUAUGGUUAUUGUACCCAUUUGUAUAUUGGAAGCAUCUCUAGCCAGUGGGAGAGGGAUGAAAUUGUCCAUGAGUCACAGCAAGCCUUUUAUAAGGGACCUCGCAUGGUGACUGACUUGUACUAUGAACAUGCUCUUCUGAUGGAGUUUGAUACACCUGAUGACGCUGCCAUUGUUAUGGCCCAUCUCAGAUUUUUCCGUGGAGAAAAGAGUAAAUUUCAUUUAGCAUCAAUCAAUCGUCCUUUGCCUCAUGAAGAUGGAGGAAGUCAUCCAGAGAGGCACCUUCAAAUACCUCCUACAUCAAAACAGGAUAGUGGAUCAGGGGAAUAUGUGUCCCCCUUAAUGAGUACGGAUCACCACUGUAAUUCUGUACCUCCUGGAGCUAUCUUUCAGCAAAACUGGCCUGCUUCUGGUAGCAGUCUUGUGAAUUCUGCACAAGGUGGAAAUCCUUCAUGUGUGCCCAUGCCAGCUCCAGGACAGCCUGCUACACCGACAUCUCAAAUUCCUCCAUCUCCGUUUGUUCAACAACCCAUGUACCCUCCUCCAAAUAGCUCUUGGGAUACAAGAUCUCUAGGCCACCAAAUCUCUCCAAGUGGUAAUGCAUUAGCAACAUCAUCACAGGCUCAUGGGCCUCCAUCGCAGCAGGUUUCAGGUCCAUUCAUGCCGCCUCUUGUGCAUCCAGUCCCUCAGACACAAGCUCAGACACAAGGACCUCAAGUUCAGCAUUUUGAUCAGGUGUAUCCACCUCCGCCUUUUGGACAUUCAUUAUCUUCUGUAACUCAGCCACCACUACAACCUCAAUCUCAGCCACCAGAAAUUAUGCCACCACCGCCACCAGAAAUCAUGCCGCCUCCGCCUCUAGCUCCACUACCUCCUUUGCCUCAGUCACACCCAUUUGUUCCUCCUCCUCCAAUUUCUCCUUCCUAUCCCUCAUCCUUACCUCCAACGGUCACACAGUUGUCUGGAUCGGAGGCUCCCAAACAGAACAUAGAGCACCAUUGGCAGGGUACUUUGUCCAAAAGUGGAGUUCAUUACUCCACGAUCGUUGCACAGAGAUUGGAAUCAGAUAUAUGCAAAUAUAUCAACGGAUGUUCAGAGCCUGUGCAAUGGCCAGUUAAAUUGGAUAUGACCAAGCGCACAGAUUUGAAGAACGUAAAAUCUACUUUUACCAAUACUCAGCCACACAAAAGAGAGAUUUGUCAGUUAAUUCCCGCAACUGUCAGCGACCGUAAAGGGCUCCAAGAUUUCAUAACAUACUUGAAGCAGAGAGAUUGUGCGGGAGUGAUAAAGAUUCCUGCAGCAAAUCCCAUAUGGGCAAGGCAUCUCUUCAUUCUUCCCUACUCGCAAGAAACAUGUUCCUUGCUUUCAAUUUCCCCUGCUUCCUCUGAAUGCUUGAUCGGUUUGGUUCUGCCCAAGGAACCAAAUGCUGAGUGCUCGUGA